AAAAAAACCCGUUUGAAACAGAAAAAUCGAUCUUACAUUUCACUCCUCGUACUUUUUUCUCUCUUCAUUUUACUUCAUAAAACCCCGUAAACCCUUCUUUCUUCGCUCUUGCAAUCACAUAUUGCUGAAGCAUAUAUAAAGAAUGGCUUAUAGGCGCAGCAUAACAACGCGAGCGAAGCUUCUUUAUCAGCAACAAAGAGUCACUCCUUCAUUUUCUUAUUUUCAUAAGGAUGAUGAUGAUCGUAAGAGCUGUCCUGAACCGACUUUUGAGAAUUUAAGAAUUACUAGUUUUUCCCAAUCCCGUUACAUGGGAAGUGUAAGUGGAGUUAACAGCUUCAUUGGCUCAAGAAGCCCAUAUCAAGACAGGAGGUUUUGUGCUUCAGGACUUAUGAUUCCGAUGAGUUAUGGGUCCUCUUUGACCAGGAAUAUGUCAACUGAUAUUGGUGGUGAAGCAGAUAAAAUUAAUUACAUGACUGAUGUUGCCGAAGUACUUGCUGAUAAGGCUGUGGAAGCUGUAGUUUCUCAAGCUCCAGCUUUGAACGAGGUGGCAAAUGCUGCUGCAGAUUGUUAUUUGCCGGUGAAGGCAUUGAUGUAUUUGAUGGAUUACGUUCAUAUAUUUACUGGGUUUGAAUGGUGGGGAUCCAUAGUUGUUACAAGUAUUAUGAUUCGGUUGGUUAUUCUUCCAUUAAUGAUUAAUCAGCUUAAAGCUACUUCAAAACUUACGGUAAGUUUCUUAAGUGCAUUUUUGUCUUUAUUAAAUUAUUGUCAUGCUUGCAGAUACGGAGUAACUCCAUUCACUCCCUUAAAAGGACUACUAAUACAAGGCCCGAUCUUCAUCAGUUUUUUUAUGGCUAUUAGGAACAUGGUGGAUGCUGUUCCUUCUCUCAAAACGGGUGGACCAUUGUGGUUUACUGAUCUAACUACUCCAGAUGAUAUGUAUAUCCUUCCAGUUUUGACGGCUUUAACAUUCUGGAUAACAGUGGAGUUGAAUGCUCAAGAAGGAUUGGAGGGAAAUCCUGCUGGUAAAACUAUAAAAAAUGUUUCACGGGCCUUUGCUGUGCUAACUGUCCCACUUACUGCUAGUUUUGCUAAGGCAAUUUUCUGUUACUGGAUAACCUCAAAUCUUUUUUCACUCUCCUACGGUUUGGUGAUAAAAAGUCACGCGGUCAAGAAGGCACUGGGUAUUCCUAUAAUACGUUACAGUCCUCCAUCUCCAACAGAACAAAAACCAGCGCUCCCAUUUUUUGAAACACUCAAGAAAUAUGCAGCAGCACAACAACAUAUAGCAGCAAAGCAGAGCGCAGCAUCACAGCAACCGGCUUUAUCAUCCCCUCCUGUAGAAGAAUCAAGACCCACGAGUCAACGAGUAUCAGCAUCCUCGGUUCUUAGUCAAAGGGUCAAAAGUUUAGAAAAAGAAGUGAAAGGAAGAAAGAAGAACAAGAAGAGGUAAAUACUCGAGUGCUAGUUAUAGGUUAUCUCUAGUUGCAUACAUAUACACAGUUAAAAGCUGUAUUUGUUGAAAUAAUCGGGGCAGAGAAGCUCAAUGAUUUUUGGCGAUAUUGCGCGUUUGCACCCUCUCGAGUGUUGGGGAGUAAGCAAGAUUUUGUUUCGUUUCGAGAGUAUUUCGAGGACCAUAGUAUCUUUAUUUCUCCUCAUUAGACAUAAUUAGAGAGAGAUUAUCCAUUUAGAGUCUUGUAAUAUUAUGCUCUAUUUCUAUAAUUGGCAAAUAUUUCCAAUGCACAUUUGUGAGACAAUGAAUACUCUAAUGCUAGUGUUGUUCUUUUGGCUGUC